GGCGUUCCACAGUCAGUGGGCGGGGAUUGUAUUCAUCGUGGCCCAGGCGCAUCUGCAUGGCGGCUGCUGUUGGAUAUUUAACCCAGCUAAACAUUUCAUCGCAAGAGUUUUCACAGCGGUUCUUUCAUGCAUGUGCAUCUGGUAGGCUUAUCAUGUUUGGAUGGAGUAAAUAGCCUUUUCUAGUCUGUUGUAGCAGUUGUAGCUCCUCCCAAAGCGUGUGAGACACUGAACCGGAUCAUGGAGCAGGUGGAGCAGCUAGAGUCUGUUAGAUCGGAGGUCUCUGAGGGGCAGAUGGAUGAAGGAAGCAGUGGCACCAGCACUCGAAGGAAGAGAAGGAAGCGAGAACACCGGCCGGAGUCCAUCAUCGUCUACCGCUCCGAUCCAGAGAGAGCCGCUGGUGAAGAGCAUGGAGGGGAUAGUGAGGCUGGAGAGAGGAACUCUGAAGAAGGGGCUACAUUUCUCAACAACCCCAGCAGUGAAGGUUGGGCUGUGCCUCCAGAUAGUCGCUAUGUGACGCUCACAGGGACCAUCACACGUGGAAAGAAGAAAGGUCAGAUGGUGGACAUUCACGUCACGCUCACAGAGAGAGAGUUGCGUGAGAUGGCGAGGUCAAAGGAGCGCCUGGACGCCGAAUGCGACGCUCGAGAGGGAUCGAGCCGCUCAUGCGGUUUCGGCAUUUCUCAGGGUCCUCACGUCGUCCUCUGGAGUCUCUCCUGCGCUCCCGUAGUCUUUGUCCUGUCCUUCAUCACCUCGUUCUACUAUGGCACUCUCACUUGGUACAACAUUUUCCUGGUGUACAACGAGGAACGGACGUUCUGCCAUAAAAUCACGGUCUGCCCCUUCCUCAUCGUCUUCUAUCCCGUGCUCAUCGUGGCGCUGUCGCUGUCGCUGGCUCUGUACUCGGCCGUGGUGCAGGUGUCCUGGGCCUUCAGCGAGUGGUGGAUGUCCGUCAGGGAUUUGGAGAAGGGUUUCUGCGGCUGGGCUUGUGGGAAGCUCGGUUUGGAAGACUGUUCACCCUACAGCAUAGUCGAGCUGCUGGACUCGGACACGAUCUCUGGGAGUCUGCAGGGAAAGUCGCUGGAAACAUCCUCGGUGUGAAUAUAGAAACCAGGCGGGAUUUUCUCAGCUGGUUAUCGGUCCUGUUUAUUGGCACUUUGCAAGUAUUAAAGGGUUAGUUCACCCAAAAAUGAAAUUUCUGUCAUUAAUUACUCACCCUCAUGUCGUUUCAAACUUUCGUUCAUCUUCGCAACACAAAUGAAGAUAUUUUUGAUGAAAUCCGAGA